AUGGUUUUCCCAGAAGUUGUGUACCCUUCAGAACCUGAGACUCCAACUCCUCUAGAGAAUCUGGAUGCCAUUCUUCAAGGCCUAAAACAUCCUGCUGAAGAAAUUAUUGUUGAGGAAAAUCAUGAAGAUGUUCUUAUGGCUGAAGCUGAUGCAAAUUAUCCUGUUCUGGAUAACAGCUUUGAUGCUGGUUCUGCUGGUUCCUCUAUUUUUGUUCUGAAUGUUUUCAACGUGUCAAUUUGGCAGCAACGUACUCAUGUACCAAAAUUUGGCAAUUGGGAGGGUAGUGACAAUGUUCCUUAUACGGCAUAUUUCGACAAAGCUCGGAAGGGCAGAACUGGCACAAAGAUGAUAAACCCAAAUGACCCUGAGGAAAAUCCUGAUUUAGUUUUUGAUAAUUCAUCAUCUAAACAACCACCUCCGUCCAAAUCCAAACCUAUAGUCGAUUCAGAGGAUCUAUAUGGAAAGGGAUCACCUCGAGCAACAAUUGAGACAUGUAAAAGUCUCGUAGAUGGUGAUCCUAAGCAAUAUGUUGAUUCUCCAGCUCGUCAUGACAAUGUAGGCAAUCAGAGUUCCAAUGACUCUACACCUCAUCUUGGAGUAGGUUCUGCUGAUAACCGACGAAGACCUUCAAGACAAAGUACUGCUGGGUCUGAGUACAACAUUGAACGAUCACCCCUUCAUCGUCAAGCUAAACCUCUGGGAAAAGAUAAUCCCUCGUUGGAAACAAAGAAUUCUUACGACAGCAGCCAUGGUACACCAGGAAGAUCUCGGCUAAGACCAGUUAAUCGAGGGGAUGAAACCCCUGAGAAAGGCGCGACUGUUCCAAAAUUCGGUGAAUGGGAUUUGAGUAACCCUGCAUCAGCCGAGGGCUAUACUCACAUUUUCAACAACGUGAGAGCAGAGAGACAGGGUGGGCCCGGACAUGCACCCGGCACACCUAACAAGAGGCCACAUGUUAUCCGCAACCAACCUUCCAAUGGCAAAGUCCAGUGUUGCUGCUUUGCUUGGGGGAGAAAAUGA